AUGCGAACCAACCUAAAACAAAUAACCGAAGCGAUCACGGCUUUACAAAUUUACCAUAAUGAAAAUAUCAAAAGUAAAUCCGUCGAAAUUAAUAAUAAUAAAAACGUCGGUGGUAAUGAUGGUGGUCAACAAAAAUUGACUAAUGAAAAGAUUUUCCCCAUACAAAAACCUGGAGGAAUUAAUAAAUCUGGAACUAAUAAACCCGGAACUAAUAAACCUGGAAUUAAUAAACCUGGAAUUAAUAAAUCUGGAGUCAAUAAAUCUGGAGGGAAUAAACCUGGAACCAAUAAACCUGGAGUUAGAUUGCAAAAUUCCAGGAAUAAUAGUAAAGAUCGACAAGAAAGAAGAUUAUUUGGUCGACAUAAUAAUCAACCUACACCAAUCCAACAACGUUCUUUACCGGCGUUAUUAACUCAUCGUGAUGCAGUUAUUCAAAUUCCUCGGUCAGAAGAACGUACAUUAACUUAUGUGAUCGCAUUGCUUCAACAACUUGAUCCUCGGGAUUCAUCAUGUCAAGUGAUUAUUCUCGUUCAUAAUAAAGAUCUUUGUUACGCGAUUCGAGAUCUUAUCGUUGUUGUGGGUAAAUAUAUGAAAGUGUCAUGGUCAGUUUGUGUUGGUGGAUAUCCGGUAAGACUAGAUGUAGAGAAUUUGAAAAAUAUGGGGCAUCAAAUAAUUCUUGGAACACCUGGACGAUUAAUUGAUUUAAUGAUUGAUCGAAAAUCAUUUGAUAUUUCACAUUUAAAGAUGGUGGUAGUUGAAGAUUCGUGUAUCAUGUUCAAUAGUACUUUUCGAUCACAAGCUUUAGAUAUUAUUCAUCGAUCACCGAAUCGAACACAAAAAAUUCUUAUGACCACAGCAACAACUUUCACUUUGGCCGAUGUCAAAAAUAAAUUAACCAAGAAUGCACUUAUCGUGGUAAACGAUAUACACAUGAGUGACGGAUUACAAUUGUAUUAUAAAUUGGUGGAAAGAGAAGAAGAAAAAUUAAAUGCGCUCUGUGAACUUUUUAAAGUAUUGGAAUAUGAAAAAUCAAUUAUCUUUUGUGAUAAUGCGGAUAGAGUUGAAUGGUUAGCGGAUAAGUUAGCAACUUUAUUUGAAAAUAUUAAUAUGUUCACGGCGCAUUCUAUGACCAAACAAUCCGAGAGACACAAUAUUAUCAAAUCAUUUUGGAAAGAAAAUCAAGCUGUCAUGGUCACCACUGAUAGCUUUGCUGCCGUACUCUCUUUUCAACCAGUUAAAUAUACCAUUCACUUCGAUUUACCAUAUAAGAAAGAAGAUUAUCAUGAUAGAAUUUGUUGUUGUGGUGGAUACGGAUCACAUGGUGUUGUUAUUAAUCUCCUAGUCAGAAGAAAUUUAUAUGAUCUUGGAACUUUAGAGCGAUAUUAUAAAAUACAAAGUCAAGAACUUCCGGACGAAUUUAAAAUUUAA